UUCUUCUUCACCGCCAUUCUCUCGCAUUCAGUAUCCCGUCGCCAUCCCUUACUUACUCUCCGAUGCGCGAGCUUCCUCCCGAAGUCUUAUCUCUCAUAUUCACUCUUGUAGUAGAGAGAAAUUGUUUUGGCCGGCCCGAGCUUUGCGAUUCUCAGCAGAUAGGAGCGUCUUUCUUGUUCCAAAUAUGUUCGCGGUGGAGAGCUGUCGCUCUGGAUACGCCCGAGAUCUGGGCGCACACCUGUAUUAUACACGACUUCGAAUUUCCCUUGGCCCAUGUCACGACAGAAGUAGAGCUAGAACGGCUGAAGCUCUGCAUCCGGCGUGCCAAAUCCUUUCCUGCUUAUGUGGAGAUCAUUUUAAAGGACACAGGCGUCACAUUCGAGGGAACGUACCUAACAGGGGGACACAUUAUCUUAUUACGGGAACUUAUGAAUGGGCUGAAUUGGGAGAGCCUAAUAAUUCGUAUGAAGAGAGUUCAACCUGAUGUUUGCGGGUUUGUCAUCGGUAUGAUAGAGGACAGUAUCUCAGAGUCUCUUCGACGACUCGAGCUUCGUUUUGACUACAUUCAGGGCAUACAAUCGAUGGAAUCAUUCUUGCAAACAUGGGCAGGAGCAGCGACAUUCCCGAACCUUCGAACUCUUCGCCUUCAAGAUACCCCUUGGUUCCCUUAUCCACAGUCUUUCGGAACGAUUAAUGACUCCAUCUUUCCGUAUUCACAACUUACCGACAUCCAUCUUGAGCUUAUACGCAGUCCUGAGGAGAUGCUGGAGGUUCUACGACUUUGCGGUCGGCGUGUACGCUCCGUAAACAUCGACUCGAGUCGUCACGCUUUGGAACUCAUCAGUGCGCUAACCACACCAUCCUUGAGAGACCUAUCUCUAUCCUGCCGUCUUUGUGGAGUUGGCGAAUGUUUUAUGGCGACACAUUCGUCCUUGUCUUCACUUCUUCGAGCGUUGACUGAUUUCCUGGAACGGUCUGGGGUGUCAACGACUUUACGAAAACUGCACCUUGCUAUCCAGGGUGUCGAUUCAUCGUUUCUGGGAGCAUUGAUGGGGGUCUUGGAAGUCGCAACCGGAUUGGAGGAGCUUUUGGUGAACGUUUCAGAGCACGGCAAAUACAAUGACGGCCAGCGUUAUUUUCAGCUUCGUGCGGUUGAUUUUCUGAAAGCCCUAGCGAGCGACGAUGAUAUACUUCUUCCGAAAUUGAAACACCUUCACAUUCAUCAUAUUGAUCACUUCGAUUCGGGAAGCCCGGACCAGCCUCAGGACCGCGCGUGGGUGAAUGAGUUAGAGAAGAUGGUGGAAUUGCGGAGUCGCCAUGAACUCCAAUCGGUCAUUCUGGAAGUUGAAAGGGUUAGUGACGAUGACAAGUCGGAUAUGGGUUUGAACUUGGAGCGGUUGAAGCAGCUGGAAAAGGAACGUGGAUUGGUGAUGCGGAUUGUGAAGACUUGUGGGGGCAAAAUCUAUCAUGAAAUCCUAGGUCAUGGGCGUGCACAAUCGACUUUGGACCACCACCGUUUAUGGCUGCGAACCCCAGCGGCGAUUAGGGAGAUCGUUGACGAAGACUGGAUGGAAUGA